AAACCAGACAGUCAGUAGCCGACAGGACGAGCAGCCAGCAGUUCACCGGGAAACAGCAACAAACAUUCCACGGGCAAAGAUGUACUAACGUGGCCGCCAUGAGCAUGACCAUUUCGAGGUGGGCAGCACUGCUGCUGCUCCUGGUUUUGGCCCAUCAGCUGGACCCCUCGCUGGCCACGCCACCAUCCUCGUUUUCAUCUGGAAACGCCUGGCAGCGCGCUCUGUUCGGACGCGAUUCGCGCAACCUGAUGCACCGCAGAGCCCCAUUUCCCGUCGCCGGAGAUCUGGCCCUCAACGAUUACCUUGGCCCGUACUCCGCCGUCGAGCCGGAGCAGCACCAACCGCUUCCGCCGCCACAGCAGAUGCGGCAACAGACCGAAGUUUACGGAAUCGUAGAGCCGCUGAUUGAGGACACUCCCUGCGCCGACCGCGCCUGUUUCAUCAACGAGGAUUGCUGUCCCUCCGGGGUCUGUUCCAGCACAUACGGCGGUGAGUUGGCCUAAUUGCAUUCCAUCCGG